GCCACUGAGUAGCUUUUCGCCGGGAGCCGAGGCCUCAAAGCAGCUUGAGCCGGGUUUUGUGUGCAGCUCUUAAACAGAAGAAAGAGAAGUAUAAAAAAAAAUAAAAAGGGGAGAAGAAGAGAGGGGCCCAGCGGCGGGAAGGGAUCCGGCUUUACUCCGGGCCUUCAGCACAGUCCACUCCCCCCCCCCCCAGUGCACCCCUUCUGUCUGUGACAAUACCGUUGACGAGGGCAGGUUCCUGGUUCUGGAAUGUAAACGCUUCACAUCGCCACCGCUUACGUUUUUCACUCUCCUUCUCUGUUGUUUUUUUCCUCAUGGUGAAGAGCAGCAGUCGACGUAUGGAUUUUUUCCUCCUUCCUGUCUGGCCUAUUUGGCUAAAGAGAGCUAAACAAUCGAAUGUGUUUAUCUCCAACGAGCUUUUCUUACUAAUAAUGAACUUCAUUACGUGUAAUUCAGGGGGAAAUAGAAGAAAAAGUCCAACUUUAAUGAUUCUCAAUUGAUUUACACCUAAUUGCUGAUUGAUAUUUCAACCACUUUGGAAUCUCAAUUGAAUGCGGACCAUCCUUUCAUUACACCAGCUGUUUUUUAUUCGAUCGUCCCGGCAUGCCGUCCGGAGCGAGGAUGCCCCACCAGGGAGCUCCCAUGGGCCCCCCCGGCCCACCGUACGGAGGGAGCCCGGCGGUGCGGCCCGGCCUGCCCUCCACCGUGAUGGAGCCCAGCCGCAAGAGGCCCGCCCCCUCCCAGCAGGUCCAGCAGCAGCAGCAGCAGCAGCAGGCCGUCCAGGGGCGGGCCAGGAAUGCUAAGAGAAGGAAAAUGGCAGACAAGAUUCUUCCGCAAAGGAUCCGUGAGCUGGUCCCGGAGUCUCAGGCCUACAUGGACCUGCUGGCGUUUGAGCGCAAACUGGACCAGACCAUCAUGCGCAAACGCGUGGACAUCCAGGAAGCGCUGAAGAGGCCGAUGAAGCAGCAGAAGCGUAAACUGAGGCUUUACAUUUCCAACACCUUCAACCCGGCCAGGCCCGACGCCGACGACUCCGACGGCAGCAUUGCAUCGUGGGAACUGCGAGUGGAGGGGAAGUUGCUAGAUGAUCCGGGGAAGCAGAAGAAGAAGUUCUCUUCGUUUUUUAAGAGCCUGGUGAUCGAGCUGGACAAAGACCUCUACGGUCCUGACAACCACCUGGUGGAGUCACUCUGCGGCGGUUCGCUUUUUCAGUGGCACCGCACGCCCACCACCCAGGAGACGGACGGCUUCCAGGUGAAGAGGCCCGGCGACGUGAGCGUGCGCUGCACCCUGCUGCUGAUGCUGGACUACCAGCCUCCCCAGUUUAAACUGGACCCUCGCCUGGCUCGCCUGCUCGGCAUUCACACCCAGACCCGGUCCUGCAUCAUCCAGGCCCUCUGGCAGUACGUCAAGACCAACAAGCUGCAGGACUCCCACGACAAGGAGUACAUCAACUGUGACAAGUACUUCCAACAAAUCUUUGACGGCCCUCGGCUGAAGUUCUCCGAGAUCCCCCAGCGCCUCACCAACCUCCUCUUGCCCCCCGACCCCAUCGUCAUCAACCACGUCAUCAGCGUGGAUCCAAACGACCAGAAGAAGACGGCCUGCUACGACAUCGACGUGGAGGUGGAGGAUCCCCUGAAGGGCCAGAUGAGCAGCUUCCUCCUCUCCACCGCCAACCAGCAGGAGAUCGCCUCCCUGGACAACAAGAUCCAUGAGACCAUCGAGUCCAUCAACCAGCUGAAGAUCCAGAGGGACUUCAUGCUCAGUUUCUCCAGAGAUCCCAAGGGCUACAUCCAGGACUGGCUCAAAUCCCAGAGCCGAGAUCUUAAGCUAAUGACGGACGUGGUCGGGAACCCCGAAGAGGAGAGGAGGGCGGCGUUUUACCACGAGCCCUGGUCCCAGGAGGCCGUCAGCCGCUACUUCUACUGCAAGAUCCAGCAGCGGAGACAGGAGCUGGAGCAGGCCUUGGCGGUCCGCAACACCUAAGUCCAGGAGGCCGCCGUUCACCGCACGCGUUCGGGUCGAGGCCCUCUGGACCGCCGGCGUCCUCAGACAGACCCGACCGCCCGAUCAACUAGACCUCCUCUUCGUCGCCACCCUCUUCAUCGCCACCCUCUGCUUGGUUUUUCUUUUGUAAAUACGUCACAGAGACGAAACUCCAGAACCGGCUGCUGGAAGAGUUUCCCACUUCAUGUUUCCUGUUUCCCUGCUCUGAAAUGGUUUGAUUGUUUGAUUGUAGGAGCGACAGUGUGUGUGUGUUUUUUUUUUUAGUUUGUUCUCAUUAGGAGGGUGUGUUUUUUUUGGGGGGGGGAGGGUGGAGUUGAGAUUACGGUUUGACACAGGAAUCAAUUCGAUCUACAACCCAAAAGAGUUGUCGCUUUCAUUCACAUUCAGGUUGGAGUGAAUCGCUUCCAACCGCCAACGUGUCUCAUUCUUGUGUUAUUUGCCAGCACACAGUGUUACACAAAGUAAACCGAAGUGUUACCACAUUACUAUCACAACUAGAAUAGAGUUUUAAUGGAUCAUCAUGAUAACAAUAAUAGCCUUUUCUUCCCUUGAUCGUAGUAAAACGCGCUGGGGCUGAAGCCUCUUGUCUGAGUCGCUCACUGCCUCUUUGUGUUACGUUGCGUGUUUUGUGUGCUGAAGGUCUUACCAAAGGUUGCAACAAGAAGAAGAGAACACGAUCACUGAAAAAUAAAAGAAGUUGGCACAAAUCUGCACCUGGGGUUUGCCACUGAUUGCAAAAACGUUUCCUCGUGAGGUGGUGGUAAAGAACUCCAAACAAUCUGGGUAGUUUUCGGAGGGGAUUCAGUCCCAAACGGUUGCCUUUUAUUGCCAAUUAGGCCUCAGGUUUUUGUAAAGAAACUGUAAACUGUUCUUGCAAUGAACACUGAACCCCAGGUCUGCAGGAUUCUGUCCACUUCUACAAGUUUAUGUUCAAUGAAGAAGAAAAAGUUUUUCUUGUUCAUUCUAGAGAUGUGAAUGUACAUACGUUUGUUUUUUCCCCUUUAAAGGGGUCAACUGUACAGUAUUCGACCGACUAUUUGUGUGUUUGUUUUGGGGUGAGUUACGUGGUGCAUUAUGGGAGUUUAAAUCAGUUUGCAGGAAUGUUAGUGUUCCUCUGAGUGCUGUCUCGGGUUGGGGUGACUUAUUUUAGGUCCAUCCCGUCAUCGUGGGAGCGAUGAAGACCUCCCCCCGCUUUCAUUCUGAGUAACAGAUGAUGAAUUCUCCGCACCGCUCUCCUUUCACACCUUUUUUAGUUUUUUUUUUAUGACACUUAUGUGUUGUCAUGUCGGAUGGAAGAUUUUUUCUUUUUCUUUUUUUUGGCCGUCUUCUCCGCAGUCACUUUUCUAGCUGGAACCCUUUUGUGGGGGUUCCGUUGCACUGUGCUUGUAAAUGUCUCGAGGGGGACCCUCCUCCUCGGGGCGAGACCCCCUCUGAUGAUCCCGGCAGACGCGAAACGAGCAAUGGGACGAUGUCGCGAUGACCUAUGCAUGCUCCACGGACAUUAAUCCAUUCAUCUGAUGAGAUAGUGUGUAAAUACAAAAAGCUGGCAUAGCAGUCUGUGCGACGAGAAAAAUAACUUUAGUUGAAAUGCCUUCUGGAAACUUUUUUGCCAAAAAUGAUAAGCCCUACCAGCAACUUACUGUAGGUGUGAUUUUUCUUCUCUGUUUUUUCUGAGCUGUGUUUUUCUUACUAGGACUAAGUUAUAACUGCACUCAUUAGAGGAGAAAGCGUAGGCGUUUGUCUGUGUGUGCCCCACUUCCCCCCCCCCCGGGGCAUUUGGGCUUCUACGUCGUCGUUGUCAUAGAGUCACCGAUUCACUUGCACCCUCUUCUGGAGGAAACUCAAAGCUGCGACUCCUGGCGUGAGCUCAGCGGCGAGCGCCACAGCGUGACAAAAAAAGUGUUAACGCGUCUGCUGUGUCUCCGGUCGCUAAGCCAGAAACAUGCUGUGGACAUGUCUCGUCCCCGCAUGUGUGUGUGUGUGUGUGUGUGUGAAGACGCUCCAUCUCUCUGUUGGCGCUGCUGUCCGAGCGUCACCUACAGGGAGAUGACAGCAUACGUAACACUGUUUAUCUGUUCACAGCAGACUUGUUUGGUGAUUCUACGAAAAUAUAAGAAAAAAGAAAAA